AUGGCUGGAGACAUCGUGGUGCGUGGCGAGUACAACGACAUAUUUGAAUUCUCAUACUCCAAUGUCGUCAAGAUCACAGUCGGACUCUACAUUCCAUGCGAACUCGCCGUCGAUCGAAAGCUCAUCUGCGACUCUUCGGGCCUUAUCAAAGAAGCUCUUAGUGACGUGACCUGCCGAGAGGUCAAACUCGAUAAGGUAGAACUCAUGGACUUCAAGAUCUACCUCAACUGGCUGUACACCGACAUCUUGGGAACAAAGUACGCCAGGAUGCAGGAGGAGUUCAAGUUAUUGGCCGAGCUGUAUUUCCUGGGUCUCAAGAUCAAGGACGUCAGAUUCCAAAACAACAUCAUCACCGCAAUGGUCGACAAGAGCCAGGAACAUCUCUACGAGGAUUUGCCUGGCAUCGAGUGUAUCAAGUUGGCGUACGAGGGCUAUCACGACACUUCAGCUUGA